AUGGCUGUGUUCAGGUGCCACCUGUGCAAACGCCUCGUUUCCAAGUCAAACGCCGCGCGGCAUCGGCGCAGCUCGCAAUGCUUGCUGUGGUCGCUGCGGCGGGGGGACAUGUCGAGGGCGUUGCAGGCUACGCGGGCGUCGAGUAAUUAUCGGCGCAUGCUCACCCGUGGGCUCUCUGCGUUCCAGCUCUUUUUGAAGGGCAACGUGGAGAUGCAGCGCACGCCACGGCGCCUGAGAGCUUACAGCGGCGCCUUCGUGCCCUUUUGCCCUCGGGCAGGCGGCAUGGGCGUGGGGGGGGGCGUCAGGGCGUUCAAAGAUCUCACGGUCGGCGUGGCCCGGGAUCGCCGUUUGGAUUUCUUUCGUGCUGGAGCCACCUACCUGUUCUUGAAGGCCAGCUCCGUGCGGAAGCUCCGUUUGGCGAGGAUGUGCGUGUGGGGCGUCGCCCAAAAGGCUACCGUGAAGUCCAAACUGCUUGCCAUGCGUCGUGCUGGGGAGCAGCCCUUCAACAUGCGGAUUUUGGCCAACGUCUACGCGAGCCCCAACGGCGGCACUGCCCGGAGGGCUGCCGUGAAGGUCAAUGGCGCGCUGAAGAUCCUCGACGCCCUCUGGCAGAGAGCGCAGGUUCUGUAG